UUCCAUCGACCAGGUUCGGAAACUCUUACUUUUACCUUCCCCGACAAUAUACUGCACAAUGUGGCACGGAUCAACACUAUCUCACCUGCGGUCCAAUGAACGAAACGAUACCAGGAACCAAUUUCCAAGUCCAGUCGACGUAUCAAGAAGCAUAUGGUCAAACACGAGAGAUGUUCACCACAGUAGCUGGUUACGUCGCCUACGCAGGCACGUAUAAAUGUCUUGAUACGAAGGCGUUUGCACCCCAAGGGAUGGUACUCCCUGCCGGUCUACCACCUGGACCCAUCGCACACAACGCUUCCCAGAGCCCUCAUGCAAUGUCGAAACGAGGGUUCCCUUCUCACAAAGAGCUCUGCAUUUUGUAUGAAAAGGGCGAGCUUCAUGUCGAAUUCGCUAUAUUUCAAUGCGUAAAUUACAACAAUGAACUUGCGGCAGCUCUCAAGCAGUACCAACAAGGUGUCAACGGUUCAGAGAAACGAGUCGAGUCGCACAGAAAUAGUCGAGAAAGUGAUAAACGGCAACGCGGCAACUCGGGUAGCAAGGAUGUUGGAUAUUUUCACUCUGAUCAACCUUCAAACUCUAAACGAAGGAAGAUAACCACCAACUCAGGCUCUACGGAGAGGACGGUACUCGUAGCUUCAUCUCCACAACAGGACCGAAAAGCAAUCUGUUCAGACACAACAGAUUCGGUGGGAGACACAUCGGAUGAAGAGUGAACUUUGUUAUUCGAGGGAUAGCGUUUCUGUCAAAAUUAUUAUAUAGUAAUACGGAAUUCCUUUUGGGUCAAUC